UCGGUAAGGGGGGCAAAGUGUACGGUGGCGGGUGGGCUCGUCUUCACCCGCGGGCCUCUCGCGAUUUCUGUUAACCCGUGUAACCGUUCAUUUGUUUCUGCCUCGGAAAGUGUAGCUGUACUAAUUAAAUACUUGCUCGAGUAGACUCUAGUAGUCACGCUGGCGCUUAUUAAGAUUCAAAGGAGAAACUCGUUUAAAGAGACCCACCAGCCCUCGUCGAUCUUCGCCGGCGGCCCUGAGUGUAGUACAGAGAAUUGAAAAAACCUCACGAACCGAUUAUGAGAUGCGCAAGAUAUGACAGUGGCAAGAAAGCGUACUUGAAGAAGAAACAAAGUGUGGAGGACGUGACAAUGACGACAAACGACAGGGUAAACGGGAAGAACGACAGCUCGCCCCGAAGUUGCCACGCGCAGUCGUCCGCCAGCCACAGCACGCCGGAUACGAAGAAGCCGGUUGCGGAAGAGUCACCAGACGUCGAUUACUCCCCGAGCCUCAUGUUAUUCCCGUGUACGCAGGAGGGUGGCAACGAGGUCGCGUGGGACUGGCAAAGUUCUCUGAGCAGGUCUCCGGAGAACAGGAACAAGAGACGGAACGUCCAGUGCGAGACGCCCAAGGGUACCAAGCUGCUACAGAGGAAGAGGAACUCGAACUCGCCCUUGCUGCACCAGCCACUCAAGAGGAAGACCAUGAAGCUGCAGAACAUCGAGAACAUCGGACAAUUCGCAGCCGAGCUGCAGGCGCUGAACGAAAAGAUGAGAGUUAUAAAGCAGAACGACAGGGAACACUCGAACGUUUGUGUCAAGAGGGAAGAAGCGUCGACGAAUGCGUGCGUCGAGGAGGAGAUGUCGAAGGUGAGAGACGAGCGGAGCAACGCUGACGCGCGGAGUAACGUUGGAGAGACGACUGAUCGCACAGACGCCGUCAAGAAAGAAGCUGCGAACGGAAGUUACGACGACCUGUUUGACGACUCCGUGGACGACGAUAUGAUCAAGUGCACUCAGGAGAUAGAGAAGAAAUUCAGUUUGCAGGACAAAGAGAGUUUCACCCAGUCGCCGACCAAGAAAGGAGAUCAGUGCACGGACGACGCGUCCAGUAGAACACAGUCUGGCUCCAAGGAGAGUUGCAGAAAGUCGUCGGUCAGCGGUGUUUCUGGCGCAAGUAACAAUAAAACAUUAAAGACAUACUCGAAGUUAUCGUUGCGACGAGACUCUGGUAUACAUACAGCACAGAGAAGUAAAGAUCCGGACAAACCGUGUCUGAAUAACAAUAAUACGACGAGUUCCCGCGUCGAGAAGCUGCGCGACAGUAAGAAACUGCCGAAAAGUAAUACCGUAGACUCGCUUAAUUUUUCAGAUGACUCUUUCGACGACUUGUUAACGACCUGCUUUGAGGAUGAAAAAUUAAUACUAUUGUCAUCCUACGGCUGCUUAACUCGUAAAGACGGUAAUGCGAAAGUCCAGGCCAAUUAUAAACAUUUAACCGACGCGCCGUUGAAAUCCGAAGCCAAAUCCGCCGAUUUGCUUAAGCCUACGGCAAAGCCUGAAAUGUCCAGCGCUAAUUUCCUAGAGAAAAGAAAGUUCUUUAAAUUCAAGAGCUUGUCAGAUCAAUACGCUAAUCGAGACGCGAGUACGAGUGUUAGAGAUACAACGAACACGACGAGACCUACGUUACAGCACUUUUACUCGUCCAGAGGCCCGAUAUCGCGUACAAGUGUCGCGCGCAUCCCCGUAAGUACAAAACCGAUUGUUACAAAUGAUGGUAAGGUCGAGAAUAAUGCAAUUUCGUUAAUGCGUGGUACGGAUCGAACGCAUGGGUCCAAUGUUGACAGGUGCGCGGUAAAAGGCGAUGGUAAUCGCUACGUUAAACAUCAUUCUACCGGUAAUAUGAAAAGCGAUACGCCGGAAACGAUGGCGAAAACUGGUUCGCAGCCGGCACGGUGUACCGCGGAGGAGAUCGAAAGAAAGAGAUUGCAGGCCAUAGCGAAACUCGAGGCGAAAAGAAAAUUAUACUCCGUGAAAAUUACGAAUAAUAUCAAUAGGUGAGAUCACAGAAGGUGCCUUAAUCGGUUGCAUUUAUGAGAAAGAUGAUUUUCUUGACUAUAAUGUUGUUACGUUACGUCGACAAAACUGCCCCUGUGAUCGCCGCUAUCAUUGUCUUCGUUCGAUGUUAUAUUGUAAAAUAAUUUUAAGCAAAUUGCACAAAUAUAUUUAUAAUUGUACGUAUAAGUAUAAUCUGACUUAAUACAAAAGUAUACGUUUAAAUCACAUGUAUAUACAGACUAUAUACAACACACAAAGGAGCGUUCGAGAACGUAACUGCGGAACUUGUCGGCGCUCGUGAGGACGUUUUUCAUUUUUUAGGAAACGAUUUUACGACACACCGUAACUACAUUUCUAGCAAUGGUAAAUUAUGGAGAAACACAGUCUGUGAUUAACAGCCCAGAUUUACAAGUUUAUUUUACCAUCCGAACACAUCUGGACAACAGCAAGAUAUUCUAUCGAAAAUGGACAAACGAUUGUUUCGUUUUUUUUUCUGUUUUUUUUAAUCCAAAAUAAAAUAUUAAAGUCCUUUUAUUUGACAUGUUUUCCUUUCUGGCUUACGCAACAUCAAACACAAUCACGAAACAUUUCUGUAUAUUUGUAACUUCAUAUGUCUUAGUGCCAAUUUAAUUUUGGAAUUUAUGAAAUUUUGAUUAUAAUUUUUUUGUCGCGUUAUAUAUGUACAUUAUGGAUAUAAGGUCAAACGGGAAUUAUGAUUGUUAUAAAAGUAAGUAUACAAUCGAUCAUGUACCAGAAAACUUUACUAUCGAAUACACGUGUCAUUUUGUCAGCAAUAUGAAGCGUUUAGCUCUGUUGUGUUGCGAGACUUGCGUUUACCGCAUUCAACGUUUCACGAGUAGUAGCGUUUCUGUGCGUAUUAUAUUUUUCUUGACUUUUAUACUUCUUUCCGUUACCUUCACGAGAGUUAUAGUUUCCCAUUGUGUGUGUGUGUAUCAUUUAUCUCGUUAUGUCUUUACUUUUAAUAAUUAACGUGUUCAGAUAAUUUAUAUGCGUUGCGGCGUUACUUCUGCGCCUGACCUGUCGUUUUUAUUAAAAUUCAAAGUGUAUAGUGUCAAAUAUAAGAUUUUAAAAUAUACGCAACGUCUUUCACACGUAAGAGAAGGGAUGUAAAUUUAUUCAGAAAGUUCACGGAAGUCGAAGGUCGUUUUUCUUGUAAUCUAAUCUGCCCCCGUUCUCUGCAGCUCCGAAAUCCGUAGGAUUUAAGAUGUGUUGUAACGCAAGAAAUUAUAUUUUUUAAAGGUA